GUAAAGCAAAGUCUUUUGGGCAGAAGGUUGCAGUAGAAGGAGUAAACAGAAGGCGUAGUCAGAUCAGGCCAGAUUGGGGAAGGCAGAGUACAAGCGGAGUCAGGCAGGCAAAGGUCAGAUCAGGAGAUCAAUCAGUAGGGGUACAGAUACAGAAGAGUCAAAUACCAGGCUGGGGUCAGGAUACAGAAGGCAGAAUUGUCAAAACAGGCAGGGGUCACAACAGGAAUCAAGUACCAAACAGGAUUUAAAUCACCUAGGCACCAGGAACUUCACAAGGAAUAAACCUAUAACAGGCAAAUAUCCACAGACUGAAUAGCCCCUUAAUACAUAUGAAUUUCGCGCCAUUGCACGCUGCCGUUAUGACGUUUAUAAAAAGAGGAGACGCGUGGCGUGUGCGCCCUAAGGCCCCAGGACUUCAGAGUAGUGGCAGCGUGGCGGGUAUCAUUAAUGAGGAAUGCAGAUAGAGAAUAAAAAGGGCUUAUGAAUCGGUAUAUAUUUGAAAAGUGGAGUAGGACAGCCAGGAGAUGACGUUACAAUGGGGGAUGUCUGUGGGUAAGAGCAGAAUGGAUGGAGGAACAAGAUUUUGGUAACCCAUAAGAAUGAUGGAGGAAGGUUGAGGCAUGACAUCACUCAGAGGAGGGGCCAUGAUGAAAUCACAGGGACAGGGACCUGUCAGGAAAAAGUAAGAGAUGCAUUAACUAAAAUGGCAGGCAGGAGGGAGGCGUAUGAAUGUUGUAGUCAGGACCUGUCAGCACAAAGUAAGGGUGCUAAGAUUUAAUUUUAAACAAUGCAAAGGGAGGAAAGGGAAGGACUUUUCAUAGAUGUCCUAAAAUAGUUUAUUUCCAUCCUCUCAUGGAUGGUAUGUGUGUAUCCUAUGAGUAGUAGCAUCGUGUGUCUCUGGUUUUGUGAUGACACACUUUUGCAGAGAAGGGACAGAUCCAGCAGAUGGUGCUGUCGAUCUUCCACAUAAUUUGCAAAGACCCAGAAACGGAAGGAACACAUGAAGAAGGAAAGGCUGCUGUGGGGGAAUAUGCUUUCAUCUGGCAUGGAGCUGGACAAUUAUGAACAGCCAGUUGUAUUAAGAGAUGAAAACCACCGCAGAAGAAGAAAAAUGAGGCCACAUUCUGCAGCUUCCAGCGUAAUUUCCAUGGAGCUAAUUCCAAUAGAGUUUAGUCUCCCCACGAGUAACAGGUGUAGUAAAGUGCAGGAAACAAUGCUGCUUGAAGUUGCUGGCAAUUGCAGUGUUGAGCAAAUGAAAGCACAGGUCUGGAUGCAUGCUAUCGAAAAAAGCCACAACUGCGAUUUUUACCAGAUGCUUACUCCAGACCAAUUUCUGCUGCGGUAUCAAAAGAAAGGACAGUGGUAUGAAAUAUAUGACAAACACCAAGUAAUACAAACACUAGACUGUAUAAUGUACUGGAAAGUUUUACAAAAAACUGUAGGAAAGAUUCAUAUUGUGCAGAAAGAAAAAACCUCAGAAGAAAUGAUAGAAUAUCAGAAAACAUUAAAUUAUUUGAUUGGAUAUGAUGUUACGGAUGUAAGCAAUGUCUAUGAUGAUGAGUUAGAAUUUACUCGUCGUCGAUUAGUGACGCCACGAAUGAUUGAACUGUCCAGGAGAGAUGCUAGGUUAUAUUCCAUGGACCCAUGGGUGACUUCCAAACCACUUCCUGAAUAUUUGUGUCAAAGAAUUACAUCCAAUAGCAUUUUUAUCAUCAUACACAAAGGAAUGACAACCCACACAAUCAGAGUUUCUAUUGAUGAUACACCAGAUGCAAUAUUGCAUAGUUUCUUUACAAAGAUGGCAAAGAAAAAGUCAUUGUUGGAGAUUUCUGAGGAGAACAGUGAACUUGAUUUUUUUGUUCUAAGAGUUUGUGGCAGAGAUGAAUAUAUUAUUGGAAAUGCACCAAUUAAAGAUUUUCACUGGAUAAGGCAGUGCAUUAAAAAUGGUCAGGAGAUACACCUUGUUCUGGACAAGCCUCCUGAUGCAUCAAAGGAUGAUGUCCAGAAAGAGGAGUGGCCUUUGGUUGAUGACUGCACAGGUGUCACAGGGUACCAUGAGCAGCUAACAAUUGAAGGCAAGGACCACGAAAAGAUUUUUACUAUAUCACUUUGGGACUGCAACCGGAAGUUUAGAGUAAAAAUAAUUGGGAUUGACAUACCUGUUCUGCCAAAAAAUACUGAGCUUAUCGUUUUUGUGGAAGGGAACAUUCAGCAUGGCCAACAAGUCCUUUCACAGAGGAGAACUAUGUGCAAGCCUUUUAAUGAAGAAGUUCUGUGGAAUUCAUGGCUUGAAUUUGAUAUAAAAAUCAAAGAUUUACCAAAAGGAGCUCUUUUAAAUUUACAAAUAUUUUGUGGUAAAGCACCAACUGUCUCGAAUAAAUCUACUGUUCUGUCACCAGAGUCUGCCACUUCAGACUCCAAAUGCAAAAACCAGUUACUUUACUAUGUUAAUCUGUUGUUAAUUGACCACAGGUUUUUAUUAAGACAGGGAGAGUAUGUCCUUCACAUGUGGAAAAUUCCAGGUAAAGGAGAAGAACAAGGAAGCAUUAAUGCUGAUAAACUUACAUCUGCAACUAAUCCUGACAAAGAAACAUCUAUGGCCAUUUCUAUUAUUAUAGUUCAGAAACUAGAAAGUUUGCAAGAUGAUGAUGUACUGCAUUAUCUUUUACAGCUGGUACAGGCUGUAAAGUUUGAACCAUAUCAUGACAGUGCUUUAUCCAGAUUCCUUUUAAAGCGUGCAUUACAAAGCAAACGGAUUGGCCACUUUUUGUUCUGGUUUCUGAGAAGUGAGAUUGCUCAGUCAAUGCAUUAUCAGCAGAGGUUUGCUGUCAUUCUUGAGGCCUAUUUAAAAGGCUGCGGCAAGGCAUUGCUGGAUGAUUUUACCAGGCAGGUUAAAAUAACUGAGAUCCUUCAUAAAGUUACAAUGGAGAUCAAGUCAGUUUCUGCUGAGAAGUAUGAUGUAACAUCACAAGUCAUUACACAGCUGCGUCAAAAGCUUGAGAAACUGCAAAAUUCAAAACUUCCAGAUAAGCUUCCUGAUAGCUUCAGAGUGCCUUAUGAUCCUGGAUUAAGAGCUGGAUCCUUGGUGGUUGAAAGGUGCAAAGUUAUGGCCUCAAAGAAAAAGCCACUUUGGCUUGAAUUUAAAUGUUCAGACACAACAGCGUUAUCGAAUGAAACAAUAGGAAUAAUAUUUAAGCACGGAGAUGACUUACGUCAAGAUAUGCUUAUUUUACAGAUUCUUCGCAUCAUGGGUUCUAUAUGGGAAGCUGAAUCACUGGACCUGUGCUUACUGCCAUAUGGCUGCAUUUCCACCGGAAACAAAAUAGGAAUGAUAGAAAUAGUAAAGGAUGCCACCACCAUUGCACAAAUACAGCAGAGUACAGUCGGUAACACAGGAGCCUUUAAAGAUGAAGUUCUGAGUCAGUGGUUGAAAGAAAAAUGUCCAAUUGAGGAAAAGUUCAGUGCAGCCGCGGAGAGAUUUGUUUUUUCCUGUGCUGGAUACUGCGUUGCAACGUUUGUGCUUGGAAUUGGAGACAGACAUAAUGACAAUAUAAUGGUAACUGAGUCAGGCAACCUGUUCCACAUAGAUUUUGGUCAUAUUCUUGGUAACUACAAAAGUUUUCUUGGAAUUAACAAGGAGAGGGUGCCCUUUGUGUUAACACCUGAUUUUCUUUAUGUAAUGGGAACAUCAGGAAAGAAGACAAGUCAAUAUUUUAAUAAAUUUCAGGUAUGUGUAUAACAAACAGCCACAGUAAAAAUGUACAAACAGUUAAUUUAUAAUGUAUUUUAGAGUUCAUCUUAAUUUCUUUAAGGGGUCCUCCACCCAAAAACUGCAUUAUGCACAGUGAAAUAAAAUCUCAUUCUAAACAACUCAUACAUUAACCUUUUAAAUGCCACAGAUCGUAGAAUCUACGUUCUGUGGCAAAGGUACUUGAAAUGCCACAGAACGUAGAUUCUACGUUCUGCAGCAUUUCCCUCCCUGCAGAAAGCGGUGCGCAUUUAAAAGCUGCGCACCGCUUCUGUUACGCUCAGAACCCCCUAGGCAACGAGCAAAUAAGGUUAUACUUACCGAUCCGGUAAGCGAUCGGUUUUGGGCAGCCAAUAGGAGCAGUGGAGACGCAAGGAGCACAGUGAUGACGUCUCCACUGCUCCCCCCAUAAAUUACACCCGGAAAGCGCCGCCCCUUCCACUCCUGCUGCGCAUCUGCUACAGUUGGAGCCCCCCUGCUGCCAUUCUGCUGGUUUCCUGCCGAGUUGGUCGCUUUGAUUGCCUGGAUUCGACUGAGUGAGCUCAACUACACCUCUCUACACCCUUUAUUUCUGUUUAUUUCUGUUUAUAACUGUCUAAAAAAAAUUUUUUUUCUUUUUUUUUUUUUUUCUUCUCUCUUUGGCCUUAGUACACUUUUGCACUAAAACACACUUACAGGCAACUUUGCCAAGCACACACUCACACUCACACUCACACUCACACUUACUCUUA